CCUCCCUCCGUCUCCCCUCCGUCCGUCCGUCCGUCCGUCCGUCCCUCCCCUCGUCCCCCCGGGGAGCAGGGAUGGGGCCCGCGUCCGUGGUCCUGGCGGUGGGACACUACCUGGGACUUUACCUGGCGCUGGGCGCCUGCUCCCGCCUGGACGAGGACCCCCGGAACCCCUCCGGACACGCCCUGUUCACGGAGACGCCCCAUGAUGUGACAGCCCUAGCCGGGGAGGACGUGGAGAUGUCCUGUUCUUUCCGAGGAAGCAGCUCGCCCUCCUACGCCCUGGAGAUCCAGUGGUGGUACGUCCGCAACCACAGGGACUGGGCCGACAAGCGGGCCUGGGCCGCCGAUCAUCAGCUAAAAGCGUCUCAGCAGGAAGAAACCGGCAAGGAGGCAAACAAAAUAAGCGUGGUGAAGGUGUCCGGCGGAAACAUCUCGCACAAACUGCGGCUGUCGAGGGUGAAGGGGUCGGACGAGGGCACCUACGAAUGCCGGGUCAUCGACUUCAGCGCCAGCCCGGCCCGCCCACACAAGGUCAAGGCCUACCUCAGGGUGCGGACCCCCGGAGCGGGAGACCCCCCGGCCGCCUCCCGCCUGCAGGACACCCAGCCCGGCCGCUCCCCUGGCCCCCACCCUGGCCCCCAGGCCCACCCCCAGGCGGCCCCCAAGCCGGGCAAGGAGCUGAAGAAACGCUCCGUCGACGACGCCUGCUCCCUGUAGGCCCCGGGGAGGCCUCCGGUCUGACCCGCGAAAGCCCCCCACCCCCAGAGCCUCCCUGCUUUAGCUCCCCCCCAUCGCCCCUCGUGAUCCCGGACAGUGUGAAGAGCGCCUGGACGCCCCCCAUCCCUGGUGGUCCUUCAGAUGGCCCUUUCCCCAAAGCCCGUCGCCCCCUCUGCCCAUCCCCCUGCUCCAGAGGGUUGGGGGGGGCUUCAUCUGGCCACUGAGAGGAGAAACUGAGGCUCCCUCUACACUGCACCCCACCCCUCCACCCACCCAACGUCUACUCCAUCCUCUUUUCCAAGGGAUUCGUGCAUCGCGUCGGCCUUAUCGAGCGCUUCCCCGUGUGCCGAGCACUGGACUCUAGACUGUGAGCCCACUGUUGGUAGGGACCGUCUCUAUAUGUUGCCAACUUGGACUUCCCAAGCGCUUCGUACAGUGCUCUGCACACGGUAAGCGCUCAAUAAAUACGAUAUUGAUUGAUUGGACUCGGCGUCGGGGAGAGGACUUUCUAACCAUCGCCGGCCAUCCUCCCCGUCCACAAGGGAUGUCUAGUGGGAUUUCUCCCAUCAGGCCCCUCCAACCGCAGCCCAGUCCUCAUCAACCAGUCAGUGGUAUCUACUGAGCGCUUACUGUGGUGCGUCAGCACUGUACUGAACGCUUGGGAGAGUCCAAGGCCACCGAGCGAACUCCCGAACUGUCCUCUGCUCCCCCCAAAUGCCCCUCCCGUCCUCCAUGGUUUGUAAAUAUUUCUACUGGCUACUACAUAGGCCCGUGUGACCCGAGACCCCAUCGGGGGGAUGGGCCCUCGGAUGGGCUCCCGUGACCCGGGGGAAGGGGCGUCCAGUCCAGCUCCGGCCGAUCGAUCCAUCGACGCUGAACUGAAUAAAGCUGUUUAAAUGAUUUC